AUGUCUCCGGCUCCUAUGACACCUCCAACAAGGAAUGAUGACCUGGAUGCCAUCCUUAACAUUAUACAUGAAGCCGAGUCCUACAUCUAUCUGUCUGUGAUGUCUUAUGCACCUGCGAUUAUUUCCUACUCCCUAUCAACGAAUAACAAUGCACAGAACACUAGGGCUGAUACGGUUUUGCUCAGUGUCUACGAACUUGGUGUUUUUUUAGCUUAUCUCUCAACUACUCACUGUGCCAGCCGCUUCUUUCUGGUCGUUCCAGUCUGA